AUGAUCAGCAGCCUCAAAUCUCAGCUUCAAGCUCAAUCCCACAACAGCUAUGGCCCUCAGCCGAUGCCAGAGUUCUUUUUUCCUACAACGACGGAAGAACCGAAGACUAAUACUUCAACAAUCAUUGGAAAUGCUCAAGGAUUCAUAAUACCAUUUAAACAUUUUGCACGUUUCGCUUUUCAUGUUAUUUAUCUUACAUUUGAUACUCAGCGUUACUCAGGCAGUUUAUUAAGCGUGCAUGCCAAGCAUAUUUCACGUUCAGAUAGAGAAGAACUUAUUGUUAUUGGAGGAAUCGAGUCUUUUGCAUUUGCUCGUGGCAUUGCAGCUUUUGCAUGA